AUGUGGAACACAGAUGUGUACACAAAAGUGUGCAGAAAAUUUGUCAUUAAUUUGCUGGAAUAACUUCUUCAUCUCUAAACAAAAAUUUGUUUACAAGGACAUGGUGAACGUAUGGGCCCUGAACUUGCUAAGUAAUUAACCGUAAUCGUUCUCUAUGUCUGCAUGCCACGGUGUCCUUCAGAAUAACUUUGGCCACAGCAAUCACGUGCACAGGACUUUCAGCAAACUGUCACGCUUGCAGUGCACAUUUAGCCAUUGUCUCUCUGCAAUGAUCUUAAAUGUACUGGUGAUAAGUGGCUCCAAAGCAACACAUGCUCUUUGCCCAGACAUAAGCACACCACAGCGAAGAACAUUUGCACAAAUAAAGAAGGAUAAGAUACACUGAAACUAGCAUUCAUAAAAAGAGGUAGCUGCUCCUCCUACUAGUAAAGAAGGAUAGUGAUACAGCCAAAAAAGGCUAUUUGUUUUGUUGAGGUGACAAGCAGCUCACCAAUGUGCUUCGGGUUUUCAUUACUGAAGUACAUUAGAACCGCAAAGUUUGAAUAACCAUGAUUGAUGAUGCGAGAGGCAGCUCAAUCAGAUAAUGAUCUUUAAAACUUUCAGCAUUGUCUUCUGUAUUUUGCUGUGCCCUCCCUGGUGGUUCUUGGUGGCUUUGCAUCAGGAUUAUAUGCCACUGAGGUCUGGUGCAACUUUCAAAAAGGUCCACAAUCGGUAAACUGAAACGUGGUUACAGGCUCGUGCAUGACAGCAGCCAUGUGAGCUGGAGUGUCUAUUAGCAGCCGCUAAGGAUAUCAACCACAACAUAUAUGAGCCCUUACUGCUUUUACUCAUUUGUUGAUUCUUUUUCAAAGUUUACGCUGACCCAUUUCUGUGCCGUGCUGGCUCUGGUGGGACAGCCUGCGGAUAUCCUCGGGACAGUUGCCGUAGCGUGUCCCGUGACGGACGUCCUGGGUAAUCCGAAACUUGUCCCGUAUGGGACGCGGACGACGGGACCGAAAUGGGACAUCCUUGGGACUUUGUGUGUCGUCUGGGUAAGGGGCUACGGACGACGCGAAAGGUUCAUGCGUGUUGUACGUCCAUAGCCAUGGGGGAAUAAAAACGACCAUUCAAUCAUUUCCCCACAAACGCACAGGGUCAAUCGAUUCCUCACAGUGUCAUCCCGAGGAUGACACUCGCGGAUUGUUCGUGAAGAGUCAUCAGGUACGUCCUGUGGCUGUUCCCCGGGGACCUAGCAGGAUGAGAAAUAUUGUUUCUUCAGUUUACCUGCUAAAAAUCCCGAAGCAUUGAGUAACACAUUUAUUUCGUUUUCUAGGGCAAUCCUAGGGGCGAGUGUCCUCUGUAGAAUUUAUCUGCCUAAAAACGUUCUAUGAUACAUUGAGAAUUUAUCACGGAAAAAGAUAGAAACAUGAGAGAAACGAUCCUGUCACACUGCUGACUGUUCUGCUGACUUUCAAAUGUCUUACCCGACUGUAUCGAGCCAGUGUCACUAAGAAACAGACUUUGCAUCGAAGGGUAGUUAAUGCUUCAAGCAAUUCCUCGCUUGUGUAUUGUUCGAUCGUUUGCGUAAUUGACUUCGACAGCGCACACUUCGCUUUGUGUCGGAGGCGACCAGGACUCUCGAUUUUACGGAAGGCUGCGUAACAAGCAAAAAAAAAUUAGUAACAGUACCUGUAGUAUAUAUGUGUUUUAUCUUUAGAACGGAAUUCUCAUAUACCUUCGGAAGUGGGGUUCUCGAACUGAGUGCUCCUCAUGAUUUUUCUCCGUAUUUGAUAAUUUAUAUUUCUCUAUGCUUUCUUUCGAAACCGCCGGGCUCGUUGCCCGCCAUAGGAUGUACAGGAAAGGUACAGGUAAAUUGCGGCUGUUUACCAAAGUGAGUGGAAUCAGUAAAACAGAACACAUCGGGACAAUUCGUGUAGUUUCGUAUCAUUUACCAUUUUUGGUAAAGAAAAGGAAGAAGCAAAUAAGGUGCAAUUAAACGAAACUACAUUACGUCUCUAAUGUAUCAUCACACUGUCCUAAAGUUGUCAUUAAUCGAGUUCUGAGGACAUCCUGAGUGCACCAUAUAGUGCCCCACAGUGACGAUGAGGACGCAUGAAUUGAGGAUCAGAUUUGACUUUCUUGCGGGUGCCACUCCUGUUCAUACAUGGUUCUCUUAGAACAUCCUUGGGAUGACAGUGUGUUCUUGGGUUUAGACCGAGAUUAACGGGCAGCUUUACUACGGUGUUUACGACAUCACAUCCAUUAUUGUGUGACUGACGUGAACCAAAGUAAUGAACACAGAUAGUGAGGCAUUAUACGCACAUAUUCGUGAACUCUUAUUUCGUGCAAAGAAAGGGCCGCUUGCUGGGACCCCCUCAUGUAAACUGUUCACGCAGUAAUGCAAUCCUUCUCUUAUUCAUCUUCAGCCGCUUCGGAGGUAUUUGAAUAGAUAUGAGUUCGCCGUCCAUUACACUUUGCUGUGCUUACGAAAAGACUAUGUCCACUACCUGUCUCGGGUAUUGCCCUCUCGCAAUCAUGCACCAGCUAGACACCGCCCUUCGACUCCUUUCCGGCACCAUAAUCGUUGAGAGAUGCCCAUUCCAGUGUCAUACACACGGAACAUUGUUCCACUGAAAUCCCUCGAGUAGAAUACUGCCACGACACGCACACUCUCCCUGAAUUGUCACGGGCCCUCUUCUAAGAGAACCCAUCAACGACCACGUGACAAUUUAAUAAACCUCAGUAUGUCAAGCAUUUCUAAUUUACCUCCUAUUUGCCAGUCUAUUUUCGUUUUCCACCUCAUUUUCAACCUUUUUUCCAGUCUAAUGGAAUACAGCAAGGAUUGUGUUCCACGAUUUCUGAAACAUUACGGUUGCACUGAUCCAGAUUUUAUUGAGAUGUUCCUCGAGCAAGUACGCGAUGAAUGUGGAACUUCCAAGUGGAACUGUGGGACUGCACCGAAGUGCAACAAGGAAACAGUGACCGACGCCGACACUGAGUGCGGCACAAAAUACACGCAGGAGCACGGCGUUAGUACUCUAAAACCCAAUGAACAACCAGACAAUGCAGACAAGAGCAACGAGAUGCGCAAGCAACAGUGCUGUUCCAUGGAAUACAGCAAGCACUGUGUUCCCGAAGUGCUAAAAAGGAAAGGAUGCAGUGAUGAGAUUGCUGCGUCUUUCAUUGCACAGAGGAAGAAGCUGAUGGCGGUAAUGUGUGGAACGUCGAUGGGGCACUGUGAUUUCUACAAGAACAAGAGCACUGGGCAUCCCAUACAUCCCAUACGGACUUUGUCAACAUUCAUCUUUGUGAUGUCGGUGGGAACAAGCGGCUUUUACGGCCGGUUAUGGUAUCUGCAGGGUUAACUUCCCAUUAUAAAUGAUCAUUGUCAGUUGUAUUUUCUUGAUAUUUUAACUCGUUGAGCACUCUUGAUCACAAUAAAGAUGGUAUCGUCAUAUUCAACAUCGAGGCACAGCAACAAGCAAUAAAUGUUGUGUCUCAUUCUACAACAGAUGGUAUGCGGCAAUGUCUUCCCUCUCACUCAUGGGGUGUUGGGAACUUCUUCUCAUUCUUUUUUCGAGGGGAGGGGGAUAUGCAAUGUCUAGUGAUCAUUGUUACCGAAAAUACACAUCGCUGCGGCAAAGGCAGGGCGGGAAAGGUAAUAGAUUGAAGGAUUCUGUGAUAUACUUGCGGUGGGCACCCUGUAAGCGUGAACAAUGAACAACUCGAGACAAGCCGUGAUGCUUGUAGGAGACGCUGGGACCCCACUGAGCAGCGCUCGUGUGACCGGACGACCCUCAAAGGCCUGUUGAUGCGUCUACGCGUUAGCCUCGAGAGCGUGAGAGGAAUAAAUUCUGAAUUUGAAG